AUGGACUACCUUCGAACCCUCGGAUCCGCUGCAGUAUCCACGCUUGUGCAGAAAUCUGGGCUCAACCUUCCCUUCUCGCUUGGUCAAAAGGUUGCCUCGUGCGGGACACUUUGGACACUGUAUGACGCGACCAAGCGGGAUGAUGGUUCUCCCGUGUCAGUCUUUGAAUAUGACUUCACGAAUCCAGCGAACAAGAACACGAUCCCUCUCGCCCGCAACGCGCUGCGCAAGCUGCGGACCACACGUCACCCUGACGUUCUCAAGUUCAUGGACGCUGUAGAGGCCGACUCGGGGAUAUACAUCAUGACGGAAAGAGUGAAGCCGCUGUCUGUGACGCUGCCGCUGUGGGCGUCCAAGGGCGCGAAGGAGCGGGAGGACUGGUUGUUGUGGGGCUUGCAUCGGAUAUCGGUAGCGCUCGCGUUUAUCAACGAGAGCGCGUCGGCGACGCAUGCGAACGUGCGACAGAAUGCGAUCUUCAUUUCGCCGUCGGGGGAGUGGAAGUUGGGAGGGUUUGAGCUGCUGAGCAAUCCGAAGGAUGAUCAGGCCGUUUUAUAUGCGCCGAGCCUUCUACCAGACGCGAACGCGAUUGCGUCGCCCGAGGUGAAGAAGGGUGGAUGGUCGGCACUACGAGAACGAGAAGUCUGCGCAGCUGAUGCCUACGGCCUUGGUCUCCUCCUGCACUCCGUGUUCAACCCCACGCAUCCACCACCACCAACAGCCGAGCCUCCACAUCCACCUCCCCAGCCCUCGUCCCGCGGUGCCAUACCCACGUCCGUCUUCCCGUCAUACAAGAAACUCCUGAAUCCAAACAGCAAAGCGCGGAUGUCACCCAAGACAUUCCUUGACAUCGGCAUGUCGCAAGCGACGGCCGAUGGGGCUGGGUUCUUUUCGGAUAACAGGCUGGUGAAGGUCUGUGCGGGGCUGGACAACUUUAGCCUGGCGAGCGAGGCGGAGAAGACGGCGCUUCUCCGCAACCUCAAGGAGUCCGCAGACUCGUUCCCGACCGAAUUUGUCUCGUUUCGCGUACUCCCGUCGCUCGUCUCCGCGCUCGAGUUCGGUGGUGCUUCCGCAGCCGCGAUCGUCCCUGUCGUGUUGCAGUUUGGCAAGACCCUGUCGGGCGAUGACUACACGACCACUGUCGCGGGCCCGCUCGUCAAGCUGUACGCGAGCCCUGAUCGAGGCACGCGUAUGGCGCUGCUGGAUAAUUUGGGGGAAUAUGCAGAAAAGUUGGAUAAGAAGACGGUUUCUGAUAAGAUAUGGCCGCAUUUGCAAACCGGGUUCUCUGAUACUAUUGCCGUUAUACGGGAAGCGACUGUCCGUGCGAUUGCGCUCCUCUACCCCAAGUUCAACGACCGCAUCCUGAACAACGACGUCCUCCGCUUCCUCGCCAAGAUGCAAAACGACCCGGAAGCGUCCAUCCGCACCAACACGUGCAUCCUCAUCGGGCGGCUGGGCCCGACCCUGGGCUACAACACGAAACGCAAGGUGCUCGUGCCCGCGUUCUGCCGCGCGCUCAAGGACCCGUUCGUGCACGCGCGGGUGGCGGGGCUGAUGGCGUUUAUGGCGACGGCGGAGUGUUUUGAUAUCGAGGAUGUUGCGGGCAAGGUUGUCCCUGCGAUUUCGGGGAAUAUGAUUGAUCGGGAGAGGCUGGUGAGAGAUCAGGCGUUCAAGGCUGUGGAUAUGUUUGUGAAGAAGCUAGAGGCGCAUGCUGCGACUAUGCCCGAAAUUACGGCAACCGAAGAAAAUGGCGUGCAAAGUGCGGUAGCGACUAUGCCCGGAGGUCUUAACCAGAAUGCGCUGGUGAACUCGGCAGCAGGAGCCGCUGGGGCUCUUGCGAGCUGGGCAAUGUCCUCGAUGACACGCAAGGUAACUGAUCUUGUCUCUCAUCAUAUCAUCCACAUCUAA